AUGUCUUCAGACAACCAGUGGUCAGCAGAUGAGGAUGAAGGCCAGUUGUCCCGACUGAUCAGGAAAUCUAGAGACUCCCCCUUUGUCCCUGUAGGUAUAGCAGGUUUUGUGACUGUGGUGUCUUAUGGUCUUUACAAGUUGAAGUACAGAAGAGAUCAGAAAAUGUCCAUUCAUCUUAUUCACCUGAGAGUUGCUGCCCAAGGAUUUGUUGUAGGAGCUGUGACUCUAGGUGUUCUCUAUUCUAUGUAUAAGGACUACAUUAGACCUCGAUUCUUCAAUGUGUCCAAAAAAUGAAUCUACAUAUUGGAAGCAAGAAAGACAGAGAGACCUGAAAACUAUUAUGAAGAAUGAAUUUUCAAUAUGUAGCAAAUUUUACUGCAGAAGUAUCACAGAAUUCUCAUAGCCUUUGUAUAUUAAGUCUCAGUGUUUUAAGAAGUUGAUUUCCAAAUCAACAAUCAUAGGUAGUUAACUCAGAAAUUCCAUGGUUGUCUUUUAGAACAUAGGACA